AUGUUUGAAGGUAUGGCAAGUGGUGGAAGAAACCUAUUGUCUAGUAAUCUAAAUAGGUCACUUCUUGGACGGCAGCAUUCGGGAUUCAUACCUAUUAGAGUACUUAAUGGGACAUUCUACUACAUUAUGCCCGAAAUUAAUAAUGUCACCAGUGCCAAAAAGAAGCCCAAUAAUGACAUUCGAAUUGUAUAUUUUGCUGACAUAUCUUACCUGUUGUCCACUCCAAAUUUUUCAGUUUAUGCUUGCAAAUACCACUCUCCCAGCCCAUUGCUGAAGCCACAUCAACAACUGGGAAUUCUAAAACAUUUGGAUCAUCACGGGCACUACUUUUAUGUAAGGCUAAAGCCAUUGCCAAUGGUGGACAAUCCUAAAAAUUAUAUAUGUUAUUAUGCCAGUUUUAUUUCGCGCUUUGAAAUGCCAAAAAAUUUGUAUACGUACACAGUGGAGAACCCCAAGAAAUACAAAAAUAAAACCAUUCUCAUUGUAAACAUUUACAAUGGAAUGUAUCUUGCUCUGGAUAAAGAGAAAAAAGCCUGA